AUGCAAACUGAUGCAAACCAAGAUCAAACUCCUCAAAACUUACCAACAACUGCUUUCCUAGAACAAGUCUUGACAGAUGUUGAAAAAUAUAGUCCUUUAAAUCUUGUUCCUGUAACUGACUUCUUUCGACAAGUAUUUGUGACACGCGUUUCAUUUUUAGAAAGUAGAUUUGGUGUAGUUUAUCCCACUUAUCGUUCAAUCAAAAUCAUCUAUCAACAACCUUCUAACGAUAAUGAAUUAAUCGCAGAACAAAAACAAUGGUUAACUUACUGGACUGUUUACGGUUGGCUUCAAGUAGCUGAUUAUUGGUCAACUCGACUUCUUAACUUAUUACCAGGUUAUAAUUUUUUAAAAUUAAUAUUUUUAUACUGGGCUCAGAAUGAUCAGUCAAGAGGUGCUACUAUACUUUUUGAACAAGUUUUGAAACCAUUGCUACGUAAACCACAACCUAAAUUAAAUACGACUACUCAAAAGCGACAGACAACAAAAUGGCAGCAAAAUGAUCAACAGCAAUCAACGCAACGAUUUGUCAAAAUUGAUCAUAAUUCCUCAGGUCCUUCAGUUGUCUAUAGAAGUGACCUUUCACCUGAGGAAAUUUGGAAGCGCAAUCCAGAAGAGCGUGAGAAUGAUGUUGAACCAUAUCAUUUAAAUCAUGCCAAUUAA